AUGGAACCUCAGAAGCACUGGAUGAGUCAAGGAUGUCGACAUCAUAACAACUUUCACGAUAGUCAGGCAAAUCAAACAUUUUUCCAUGAACUAGUUUUUUGUUUUAAUAAGAGUUCAUCACUUAUCAAUUGUACAUCAGACUAUGCUGAUGAUUUUCAACUAUUUGAAUUGGAUAAUUUGGAAUUCAAUGUAAAUAUAACAAAUGAACAAAUGGAAUCACAGGUACUUUGUGGAGAAUCUUUCAAAAUACCGGAAUUCAAGUUUGCUGGUCAAAUGAAUGAUACAGAAGCAAGAUAG